AAUUACACAUUUAACAACGAAUUCAAUUAUAAUUCAAACAACAGCGACAGCAAUAGCAGUCACUGCAGCAGCAACAGCAGCACCAGCGCUAAAACUGCCUGUGACGAACCACCCAAAAUUAGUAAAUUCUUUAGCAACAGCUCCAACUAUCAGAGUAAAAUUCAACAAUUGAUCAGUUUCAGUUUUACUUCAUCGAAUUUUAUUUUCAUAACGUUCAUCUUGAGUAUUAGUAAACUCUGUACUACGGCUGCUACUGAUCCCAGUCAAACUGGCGCACCUCAACCUAAUACCGCUGUACCCAGUUUUCUUAUGCCCAAUAUAAGUGGUUCGGCUUUAUUGGAGAAAUUAAAUUCGAUUCGUGCCAAUACACUGGGUCCACCACCUCCACCACCGUCAUCAGCGGUUAAAGGUAAAAAUACACCAGCCGCAGCAAAUAGUUUAACUCAGGGUAGUAGUGGUGGCCGGAAGUAG